CCUCGGCCGCCUCCGCCGCCGCGCGCCAUUCUCCGCGUCGCCCGUCCCCGCGCGCCCCGGCCAUGGAAGGCCUGGUCAUCCGUCCCGCCAAGGGCUACCGCGUGGUGCUGCUCGGCAGCGUGGCCGUGGGCAAGACGGCACUGGCCACACAGUUCGCGUGCGGCACCUUCCCGGAGACGUGCGAGCCGUCGGUGGAGGACCUGUUCAGCAAGGUGAUCGAGGUGAACGCGGCGCCCGCGCUGCUGGAGAUCGUGGACACGGUGGGCGCCGAGCACCUGGUCACGCUCAAGGACCUGUACAUCCGCAACAGCGACGGCUUCGUGGUGCUGUACAGCGUGAGCAGCGAGGCCUCGUUCGCGGCGGUGCGGCCGCUGCGCGCGCGCAUGGGGCAGCUGCGGGGCGCGCGCGCGGUGCCGCUCGUGCUGGUGGGCACCAAGGCCGACCUGCACGCCGAGCGCCAGGUGCCCACGGCGCGGGGCCGCGCGCUGGCCCGCGAGUGGCGCUGCCCGUUCCUGGAGGUCACGGCCAAGAGCAAGCUGAUGGUGGACCGCGUGUUCACGCAGGUGGUGCGCGAGAUGGAGGCCCUGGCCCCGCGCGCCGCGCCGCCGCGCCUCCCGCCCCGCGCCCCGCAGACGUGGCUGCCCGAGCGCUACAUCGGCUAGGGCCCAGCCCCGCCGCCCCGCACCCGGACGGACCGCCGCCUCCUCGCCCCGUGCCGCCCUUCGGUUCUUCCAUGGGAGUCGUCCCUGGACUUAAAAUUCAGGCCGCCCCGGAUGACGCCGACUCGAGGCCCGGGGCUCCGCGGCACCACGUCGGCCUGGCGGGGUCCUGGACGGGCGUCGGGUGUUGGGGGAGGCCGGGGCGGGGCCCGCCGCAGCCGGGCCGCCUUGCUGUCUGUCACGUACCGCGUGGGCUUCUGCGCCCGUGCAUUGGGAUUAAAGUGGCCCCGCAGCCGA